UGGAAACGUCAUCUGACGGUCUAAGUUCAGUAACUCUUCACAAACUUGACGCGAAAUAGGAAUGGAGUGUUCAUUAUGUACAGCUUUAUUUUGUCUUAUAGCGCUUGUUGUUGUAUUUCUGAUUGUUAGUCUGGUGAUAAUGUACGUCAUGUCUGUUCCAUACCCUGACUUGGGUAGAUCAGAGAAUGAGAAGUAUUUCGUCAAUCCAAGUACCAGUGAAAAGAUUCCAUUUCCCACCAUCCAUGACCCGGCUAGUGUGGAUUUAUCUGUCAUAGUUCCAAGCUACAAUGAGGAAGACAGAUUACCGGCGAUGCUUGAUGAAGCUCUGGACUAUCUGGAGAAAAGACAGCAAAAACAUCGAUCCUUCAGCUAUGAAAUUAUCAUUGUGGAUGACGGAAGCAAAGACAGGACAACAGAGACAGCUGUCUCAUAUAGUAAGAAGUAUGGAACAGACAAAGUGAGGGUGUUGACAUUUGAGAAGAACAGAGGCAAGGGGGGAGCUGUCCGCUUAGGAAUGUUUUCAGCUCGCGGAAAGUUGCUGCUGUUCGCAGAUGCUGAUGGAGCCAGCAAGUUUAGUGAUGUUGUAAAGUUGGAAACAGAGCUAAACAAAAUUAAUAAUAAGGAUAAUCUGUGUAUAGUUUGUGGAUCUAGAGCUCAUUUAGAAAAAGAAGCUAUAGCUACUCGAUCUCUGUUUAGGACGUUUUUAAUGAAGGGAUUUCACUUCCUGGUUUGGUUUACGUGUGUGCGCAGUGUGCGAGAUACCCAGUGUGGGUUCAAGUUGUUGACGCGAGAUGCUGCAGUGUUGGUCUUUUCCAACAUCCACAUAGAGAGAUGGGCUUUUGAUGUGGAAAUGCUAUACCUUGCACAACAGUUGAACAUCACUUUAGGAGAAGUAGCAGUGACUUGGCAAGAAAUUGAAGGAACUAAAAUGGUUCCUGUUUGGAGCUGGCUUCAGAUGGGGAGAGACAUUCUAGUUAUACGUUUGAGAUAUCUGCUGGGAGCCUGGAAAAUCAACUCAAAACCAAAGACUCUUUAACAUUAAUCAAAACUCUCUUGGGCUUUAUAUUUUGGUUUAUUGUUUAUGUGUGUGUUUCUGUAAGAUGAUUUAAAUAAACAAAUACAUUUACUAUACACAGCAUACAAUCAUUCCACAUUUCAUACUGCAGAUACUGCACAUGUAUCACUCAUGUUGUUAUCCAUUCAAAACAAAUAGUGCUGUAAAAAGUACAGUCAUAUGUUAAAGAUGUGAUCAUUUUAUUGUUAUACUCGGAAAUUAGCACAGUUUUCUAAAAUGUUGUGGGUUCCAGGGUCAAUAUGUCUUGAUGGCCCCACUGAGUUAUGUCCAUUCCAUUAUUGAUUCACGACAUGUAAUACACUGAUAACCAUCUUCUGAGGUGUCAAUACACAAAUGUUGCUUCUUAAAGUCAUGUCAUAAAUUCUGUAUGUCACACCUGGUCAUGUAAUACAUAGUUAUAUACAUUUAGAAUUUACUGCCCAUCUGUCCGAAAUUCAGGUAGACAUUAAUUGAUGUGUGCUAUAUAAAAACUAGCAUGUGCAGCAGGAUCUACAGGUAUACUCAUAAACUUAUAACUUCCAUCUGUACAUGUGUAAUACAUAUUUAUUAGUGCUUUAUAAAUUACACAUUAUCUCAGUGCCUUAAAUUUGCCAAUUAUUAGAAUUAUUGUAGAAAAAAAGGCACUAGACUGAAUGGGUGAUUAUUAACCCUCUGACUACUGGAUUAAUUUUCGAUAAAAACAUGUUAUGGGGUACAAAUUUAUAACUUUUAUUCACAUAUUUUCACUUAAAUUUUUUAUAAAUACAUAUAAUAAUGUUCAUAUGUGAAUUGGUAAAUAUUAUUUUUGUGGGUUUUUAUAAUUUUUAUAUUUUAGAUCAGUUAAUGUUGAUUAAAAUGAGGCAAAAAAAUUAUAAAGUCACGUUUACUUACCCGGGUAUUUGUGGUCAAAUGUUCAGUAUUUAUUUCCAUUAUUCCCAAUAACUGUUUUUUAUAUCAGAAUGUUUUUUGGAAACAAACUAUGAUUCAUAUCCCAAUAUUUCGGGAUUUUUGUUGAUAAAACUGUCAAAUUUAUUAUCGAAUUAGCUGUCACAAUCAUCUAUAAAUUCCUGAAAAUUACCACAAUGUUCCACUAUUUGUUGUCAAGCGAAAAUACUUGCCCAAAAAAUAAUUUCAACUCAAAAUGUUGGCUUGCAUGAUGUUGAGUGAGGUAUCUCACCUGCAGUAGUCAGAAGGUUAAGUUAAAGCAUACAAGAAUGAUUUUAAUUUGUUACAUUUAGUAGAAGGUAAAUUUUAUAAAACAAUGUUUUUCUUUUAGUGAGUACAUUUUUAACGGUAAAUUAUUUGACAAUGUAUAGUUCUACUUUAAAGAAACUUUAUCUGUAAUUUGUACUUUUGUUAUAUAAUUUAUAUUCUCUUAUAAAAACAUCUAAGAUCAUGAAAUAUUUAUAUUGUUUGAAUUGGAAAAUAUAACCUUAGAACAUUUUUUAAUACAUUUAUAUGACCUAGCUAUUUGACCAUUACAUUCUAAGUCUUAACAAAUGCUGUCUGUAGGAAAGUUCCUAUAAAAGACACCUUUCUGCAAACAGUAAAAAUGUUGUGGCAGCAGGUUUCUUCUCUUUGGUCUAAACCAAGUGUCGAGAUUCCUGGUAAUCUGAUAACUGCUCAUUAAGAUGUCAUUUGCAAUCUUCCAAUGGAUAAGUUCUGUAAAUAUAUUGGUAUUUAGUAAGGCUCACAAUUGACGAGAAGCAGGAUGCAGUCGCCACCUAACAUAUACAAUGUGUUUUCUGAUAAUCACUUGUACAAGCAGCACAUGCUUUCCAUCUUAAAGCAUUGGUCAGCUACCAUUGACAUCCAGCAGCCGAUGAUUCAUAAAUCAAUGAGCUCUAGUGGUGUUGUUAAAACAAAAAGAAACUUUUGGUCAGCCUACCGGGUGUUCAGAUUAAGAAAUCAGUCAACUAGCAUUGACACCCAAUAACCGAUGAUUCAUAAAUCAUUGAGCUCUAGUGGUUUUGCUAAACAAAAGAAACUUCUAGUCAGCUACCAGGUGUUCAGAUUAAGAAAUCAGUGCCAGUUAUGUCAACAUUAGAACAAGCAAUAUUAAACGAUAUAUUUAAAAAAACAAACAAAAAACCCAAAUCAGUUUAAAUUUACAUGAAGGUACAGUAGAGUAUGUAGCAUUUACUUUGACAUUAAAAUGUCAGAAGCAGAGGCUGCUUCCCAUUCUGCGAAAAUAAUUUCGAGUCUUCUAUAGUAUAAUAGUAAAUACUAAUAGGUGUUCAUGGUAUUGGUGUAUAAAUAAAUACAUGCACAAAUGUGUUACUGUGAAUAUGUGUGUCUGGUGAGGGUAUAAAGUGUACAAAGUAGCUGGGUCAUUACAAAAUGAUUUUUCUGUUGUGGUGUGUAUGAAAUGGUUAACAUAAAAUAAAAGGUAUUGCCAAUAAGUUCAGCAAAAUGGACACUAAAUUGUGAUGUCUUUUGAAUCUCUCAGGUGUUGAGUACUGUGACUGAAGUAUUAAGAUGUUUAUUAGCACUUUCCAAAUAAAAACUGAUGUAAAGGCAGUCAUUAUAGGGAGUAUCAAGGUGGUAGCUGCUUAAGAAGUUUGAAUGUGCCACAUUUUACAGAGAAACCCCUCAAAUCUGGACCCUUUGUAAACCGAAAUUCUCUCACAACCAGAUGUUUUUCAAAGUCCCAUUUUAAAUAUCAGUACAGAAUAUAACCUUUUUAAAUUGAAAUACCUCCUAAAACUUAACUUUUUACUUGUUCCCAUAGGUGUUUAUUUUUGAUGAGUUUCAAUGUAUUAUAAUAUACAGUCCCAAAAGUGUUAAUGUUUUUCAACAGGUUUCAAAGCUACGAAUCUGUUACCUGUGACAAAUUUGAAAGGUUUUUGCUAAAGGUAAAAUGCUCAUCUACAGCAAUUUAAACCAGUAACAUUGGCAACAAAUAAACUCAGAAUUAAAAACCAAAAUUAUUCCUUUAAUCAAUGACAAUAUUUUUUUUUUAGCAUUUUGUAAAGCUCCUGACCUGUGGUAAUUCAUGUUGUAGACACAGAAAUUGCAGGUGGUGCCACCAUUAAGUUUAAGCCCUCUUUUCCAUCAUAACAUUGUAGUGUGAUUAAAUUAAAAAUAAUAAUAAUUUAGAAAACAUUUAUUCCCUGACCUUUGUUUACAAUUAAACAACUUAUACCAUGCAUUGUGCACAUGAAAAUAAUAAAGCAACAUAAUAUAAUUUAAGUUACUGGAUUAUUAUUAUUAUUAUUAUUAUUUUAAUUAUUUUAAUUAUCUAAGGGUGAGGGAUUGUUAUGACAUGCAUUACAAAACAUGUUGAAGGAAGCAGGGUGUUUGUCAAGAGUUACAUACAUGUAUUUUCAAAACAAUGUUACAAUUUUAUUCAUGGAGUAAAUGCAGCAAUUCAUGGUCAUUUAUUUACUGUAGAUGAUUUCUUUUUCUAGUACUUCAGUGAUUUCAAUAAUAUGUUGAGUGAAAUUAUAUCACAGUGACAGUUAUGGGAAUAUGUGUAUGUUUGUGUGUGUGUGUGUGUGUGUGUGUGUGUGUGUGUGUGUGUGUCUGUCUUUGUCUGUGUGUCUUUAUACAUAUAACAUAAUGUUAUGUUCAGCGAUAUGAAACAUAGGGUUCUGUCCAUGAUGGUUGGUUCUGGUUAGACCUUAUUUGGCACAUUAAAGUUCUGACCACCACUGUUGCUGUCAGUCGUGCCAGGCAGAAAAUGUAUUAAAAAUAAAAAAACAUUUGCUCCACGGAGGGGUUUUGGCCCCCAAAGAUCCUCCAUGCACACGAUGCCAACCAACAUUUAUAAUACUGUGUGAGCAUAAUAAAAUGUUGCAUUUCAUAUUUUGAUGUGUUAUUUCCACCAUUUAUAAUUUUCUAGACAGAACCCUAGGGGAGGGGUAUAAAACAUGCUGAAUCUUGUGUUAUUUUGUUGUUGAUUAGCACCAAAUGCUGUGACAUUUAAUGUUAGGAUUUUAACAAAUACAUUGUUUUGGCACGAUAUAUCGAGGACUGGAAUAUGUCUGAUUAACAGUCUGAAUCUCGGCAUCCAUGUUACAACUGAGCAAAAGCAUAGGUUUAAUCAUACAUCACCUGUUAUAUGUGUAUAUUUCUCUUUAACAGUAUUGAGAAAGACGUACACGGUGAAACCCCUUUAACAUAGAUCCUCUGUAACACCGGACUCUUUUCAUGAUCCCUUUUAAAUUCCAUUAACAACGGAACCUAUGUAAUCCAGAUACCCCUUUAAAACAUUACUUUUUACUUGGUUCUGUAGAUGCCCGGCUUAGAGGGGUUUCACUGAAUAUAAAACUGUUUAUUUUUAUUGUAGAAAAUGGCCCAUUAUAAUGUGUUGUGUUUUUAAAUGUUCAAGUAUCAUUUUGUCACUGCUAGAGAUACUGUCUUUGUUUACAACUGUCUUGUUUACAACUGUCAUGUUUACAACUGGAUUGUGUUGUGUAUACAUACUCAUACAUGUAUAUAUAAUGGUGUCGCAGAAUCGUGCAAGUGUAAUAUUUACAUGUAUACGACUGCUGACUGGGAUAAAACAAAAAGUGAAAUCCUUUCUUUGUUGGUUUUUUUAUUUAUACAUGUAUCAUAAAAGGAAGAUUUAAAGCCACAGAAUUUAAUAGAAUAAGAGUCAAAUUUGCAAAGGGUCAUCAUUGCAUGUUUGUUUAAAAAAUUUGCGAAUGUGGCAAAACACCCACAUUUAUCAUAUAUUGUUAAACAUACAAUAUAGCUCGUAUAUAGCUGUUUUGGAAAGUUAUACAAGACUCAGGGAUAAAUGCCUUUCGUAUAUUUGAUUGUAUAUUAUUCAGUACAACUCUUUGGUUUAGUGGUUAGUAUAUUAAUAUUGGAUAUUAAAGGAAUGCUAAAUUAAGGGUUUUUGAUUGUAUAUUAUUCAGUACAACUCUUUGGUUUAGUGGUUGGGAUAUUGAUAUUGGAUAUUAAAGAAAUGCUAAAUUAAGGGUUUUUGAUUGUAUAUUAUUGAGUACAACUCUUUGGUUUAGUGGUUAGGAUAUUGAUAUUGGAUAUUAAAGGAAUGCUAAAUUAAGGGUUUUUGAUUGUAUAUUGAGUACAACUCUUUGGUUUAGUGGUUAGAAUAUUAAUAUUGGAUAUUAAAGGAAUGCUAAAUUAAGGCUUUUUGAUUGUAUAUUAUUCAUUACAACUGUUUGGUUUAGUGGUUAGGAUGUUGAUAUUGGAUAUUAAAGAAUGCUAAAUUAAGGGUUUUUGAUUGUAUAUUAUUGAGUACAACUCUUUGGUUUAGUGGUUAGAAUAUUAAUAUUGGAUAUUAAAGGAAUGCUAAAUUAAGGCUUUUUGAUUGUAUAUUAUUGAGUACAACUCUUUGGUUUAGUGGUUAGUAUAUUGAUAUUGAAUAUUAAAGGAAUGCUAAAUUAA